CUGGACCCUCCCAGAGCAAAACGAAGAAACGAAGAAACGAAGCAAGGAAUAGAGAGAGAGAGAGAGGAGAGAGAAAGCUCAUUGCAGCUCAGCCUCGUCGUCUCCACCGCGUCCCUCCAUUCUCUCACUGCGCCAGCACAAUCUUUGGAACUCAUUAUCCACUAAUCAAACCUCUAAUCACCUACUAAUCCGCCUCCCAUAUUUUUUUUCGUCACCAGUCGAUCGACCCGUCGGCGGAGAAAAACUCAAACGGCGGUCGACAGAGACGCUUAAUUAACUCGCGCCGCUUCCCAUUCGAAACCCUAGUUUCGAAAACCCUAACUCUCUUAAUGGCCGCCGCUGCCGAUCACCACCCUCGCGACCCCUCCACCGCCGCCCUCAACAGCCCCAAAUCGAACCGUGGCGCGGCGGCGCGUGACGUUCCGUCGCCGCCGUGGACGACGCGCGUUCGGAACUCCGAAUCGGAAUCUGACUCGAUCGUCUCCUCCUCCUCCUACGCUGCGUCUCCUUCCUCCCCUUACGCUCGGGGGCAAACCAGUCAUUCUACUUCUUAUCCGCCUCCUCCUUCGAAGGAGGAGGCGGCGGCGGUUUCCUCCACGUCGUCGUUUUCGGCGGGAGAUGAAGCGGCGACCGAGGCUCGGUUGGAGAGCUGUGACAAUAAUGGUGCUGGUGCUGAGAGUGGCAAUGCGGGUAAGAAGCCGGUGUGGAACAAGCCUUCGAAUGGAGCUGUUGAGGUUGGAGGAGCAGUAAUGGGGGCCGUUUCCUGGCCCGCGCUCUCCGAGUCGACUCAUAAGGCUUCUCCCAAACCGUCUAAUCCUUCUGAUUCCUUGAAACCUCUCCCCGAGGGAUCGGGGUCUGGAAUUGCAUCUUCUUCACAGAAACAGGUGGCAACAAAUGAUACAAACCCUAGUUUAGGUCCAAAUCAUGUAGCACCCACACGCCAGAAAUCAAUGAAGCGCAGUAGUGGGAGUUCAGGUGUAACAGCUAAUGGUGGCUUCCAUGGGCCAGUGGAACCACUGGGUCAAGUAGCAGAAAUACCUUCUGAUAUUGCUGGAUUACCUGGGUUAUCUGUUCCGGAGACAUCUCCAAGAGACUAUAUGCAGAAGGGAAGUGGACAAAGAGGCGGAUUUGGGUCACAAUCCCGUAGUGGGAAUGAUCACUCACAACAGCGAAAUUCGUAUAGGAGGGGCAACGGUACUCCCAAUCCUCGGAGUGAUGGUUCUUACCAUCAGAAUCAUGGGGGCAGGGACCGUGUUAAUCAUGACAGGAAUUCUCAUAGAAGUUUUAACGGCAGAGACAGUCAAAUGCAGCCACAACGAGUUGUUCCUCCUAGGGGCUUUAUGCAACACCCACCGCAUGGUUCUACCCCUUUUCUUCCUCCACCACCAAUGCCUGUUCGACCUUUUGGCAACCCUUUUUAUGCUGAAGUUGCACCUCCAAUGUUUUAUGUUCCAGUUCCACCUCCCCCUCCAGACUCCCUCAGAGGCGUGCCUAUUGUGACGCCAUUACCGCCUCCUGCCUUGCUUUUUCCUACCUCAGGUCCUCUUUUGCAUGCUAAGAUAGUGACUCAGAUAAAUUAUUAUUUCAGCAAUGAAAAUUUAAUUAGCGAUACAUUCUUGCGGCGGAACAUGGAUGAAGAUGGUUGGGUUCCCAUCAAACUAAUAGCAGGCUUCAAAAAAGUAAUGGUUUUGACAAACGAUAUCCCGCUUAUAUUGGAUGCCUUGCGCUCUUCGGAUGUUGUGGAAGUGCAGAAUGGUAAAGUUAGAAAGCGAAAUGAUUGGAGGAGAUGGAUCAUGCCUCCUUCCAUUGAGUUCCAUACCAUGUCAAGUCCUCGAUCAGUAAAUCGUUCCAGUCAUGAGACUCAUGACAUGCUUACAGCCAACAUCCAGAGCAUGUCCGUGGUGGAGAAGACAAACAAACAAGCUGGAGCCGAGACAUUCCUAAGUAGAUCAUAUUCCGGGGACUUGAAUAGCCCAUUCCAACUAUCCACUGCAGAGGGGACAAACCAAGCCCCUAUUCAAGCUGGUACUGAGCUUUCUAAUUUCAGCUAGAAGUUCAAAUCUUCAAGUCAAUGAGAAGUGUGCUAUUGCACAACAUACAUCUUGAAGGGUUUUUGUGCGAUAUGGGUUGACGGUUGUACUUGAUGGCAGUGAAUAUCUUCCGAGAGUUUUUGUCUUUUUUUCUAUGUUUUUUUUGUUUUUUGUUUUUUUGGUGAUAACGGUCUUGGCCUUGUCACGCCGUAGAAGAGAUCCAAAAAAAUGGGGUAAACUUACAAGAAAAUAAGAGAGGAACCAUAGGAGGGGGAAAAACAAGUCCUGUUUUCAAGACUAUAUGAGGUAGUAACAUCAGUAUGUUGGAAUGUAUUUAUGAUUCUGGUGGGA